CCCUGCGGAGCGGGAGGGAGUGAGCGAGGGAGCGAGCGGAGCGGCGUCGCCGGAGCCCAGCCGCGCCGCCAGCCCGCGCUCCAGUCCGCCGUGUCUAGCAGCGGGGCCCAGCAUGGUCAUGGCGGAUGGCCCGAAGCACUUGCAGCGCGGGCCGGUCCGGGUGGGCUUCUACGACAUCGAGGGCACGCUGGGCAAGGGUAACUUCGCUGUGGUGAAGCUGGGGCGGCACCGGAUCACCAAGACGGAGGUGGCGAUAAAAAUAAUAGAUAAAUCUCAGCUGGAUGCAGUGAACCUUGAGAAAAUCUACCGAGAAGUACAAAUAAUGAAGAUGUUAGACCACCCUCAUAUCAUCAAACUUUACCAGGUAAUGGAGACCAAAAAUAUGUUGUACCUUGUGACAGAAUAUGCCAAAAAUGGAGAGAUUUUUGACUACCUUGCUAAUCAUGGCCGGUUAAAUGAGUCUGAGGCCAGGCGCAAAUUCUGGCAAAUCCUGUCUGCCGUCGAUUAUUGUCAUGGUCGGAAGAUUGUGCACCGUGAUCUCAAGGCUGAAAAUCUCCUGCUGGAUAGCAACAUGAACAUCAAACUAGCAGAUUUCGGUUUUGGAAAUUUCUUUAAAAGUGGUGAACUGCUGGCAACAUGGUGUGGCAGCCCUCCUUAUGCGGCCCCCGAAGUCUUUGAAGGGCAGCAGUAUGAAGGACCACAGCUGGAUAUCUGGAGCAUGGGAGUGGUUCUUUACGUCCUUGUCUGUGGAGCUCUGCCUUUUGAUGGACCAACUCUUCCAAUUUUGAGGCAGAGAGUUUUAGAAGGAAGAUUCCGGAUUCCCUAUUUCAUGUCUGAAGAUUGUGAGCACCUUAUUCGAAGGAUGUUGGUCCUAGACCCGUCCAAACGGCUAACCAUAGCUCAAAUCAAGGAGCAUAAAUGGAUGCUUGUAGAAGUUCCUGUUCAGAGACCUGUUCUCUAUCCACAAGGGCAAGAAAAUGAGCCAUCCAUUGGGGAAUUUAAUGAGCAGGUUCUGCGAUUGAUGCACAGCCUUGGAAUAGAUCAGCAGAAAACCAUUGAGUCUUUACAGAACAAGAGCUAUAACCACUUUGCUGCCAUUUAUUACUUGUUGGUGGAGCGUCUGAAAUCACACAGGAGCAGCUUUCCUGUGGAGCAGAGACUGGAUGCCCGCCAGCGUCGGCCCAGUACCGUGGCUGAACAAACAGUUGCCAAGGCCCAAACUGUGGGGCUCCCGGUGACCGUGCACUCCCCAAACGUGCGGCUGAUGCGGUCUGCCCUCCUCCCUCCCGCAUCCAACGUGGAGGCCUUUUCAUUCCCAGCGUCCAGCUGUCAGGCAGAAGCGGCCUUUAUGGAAGAAGAAUGUGUUGACACACCAAAGGUUAAUGGCUGCCUGCUGGACCCUGUGCCUCCCGUCCUCGUGAGGAAGGGGUGCCAGUCGUUGCCCAGCAACAUGAUGGAGACGUCUAUCGAUGAGGGGCUGGAGACGGAGGGGGAGGCUGAGGAAGACCCCAGCCAGGCCUUCGAUGCGUUCCAGUCCACACGCGGUGGGCAGAGACGGCACACUCUGUCAGAAGUGACCAAUCAGCUGGUCGUGGUGCCUGGUUCAGGGAAAAUUUUCUCCAUGAGUGACAACCCCUCCCUUGACAGUGUGGACUCUGAGUAUGAGAUGGGGUCUGUUCAGAGGGACCUGAACUUUCUGGAGGACAACCCUUCCCUUAAGGACAUCAUGUUAGCCAAUCAGCCGUCCCCACGCAUGACCUCUCCCUUCAUCAGCCUGAGACCUACCAACCCAGCCAUGCAGGCUUUGAGCUCCCAGAAGCGAGAGGCUCACAACAGGUCACCAGUGAGCUUCAGAGAGGGCCGCAGGGCGUCGGAUACCUCCCUCACCCAAGGAAUUGUGGCAUUUAGACAACAUCUUCAGAAUCUGGCUAGAACCAAAGGAAUCCUAGAGUUGAACAAAGUGCAGCUGCUGUAUGAACAGCUAGGGCCAGAGGCAGACCAGGACUUGGCCCCAGCGGCACCCCAGCUCCAGGACCUUGCUGGCGCUUGCCCUCAGGAGGAAGUUUCUCAGCAGCAGAAAACGGUCUCCACUGUCCCCAGCAGUGUGCGUCCUCAGCUGUCCCCACGGCAAAGCCUGGAGGCCCAGUACCUGCAGCACAGACUCCAGAAGCCCAGCCUUCUGUCCAAAGCCCAGAACACCUGUCAGCUUUAUUGUAAGGAAGCCCCGCGGAGCCUGGAACAGCAGCUGCAGGAACACAGACUCCACCAGAAGCGACUCUUUCUGCAGAAACAGUCUCAGCUGCAGGCCUAUUUUAAUCAGAUGCAGAUAGCGGAGAGCCCCUUCCCGCCGCCCCUUCCCCGCCAGGAGGCGUCUGCGCAGGCGCCGCCGCCCCCGCCCUUCGGCCUGGCCCAGCCCCUGAGCCCCGUCCUGGAACCCGCCCCGGAGCAGAUGCAGUACAGCCCCUUCCUCGGCCACCAGUACGAGGACCUGCGGCUGCAGCCCCUGCCUGCCUCGCCCGGGCCCCGGGCCCCUGCGCUGCCCGUGCACCUGCAGCAGCAGCAGCAGCCGCCGCCGCCGCCGCCCCCGCCGCCGCCCCCGCAGGCGGGAGCCGCCCCCGCGCCCCUCCGCUUCCCCUAUCAGACUUGCGAGCUGCCGGGGGCGGCCUCCCCUGAGCCGGACUAUCCCCCGCCCUGUCAGUACCCCAUGGAUGGAGCCGCGCAGAGCGGCCUCGCCGCGCAGGACUGUCCCAGGAGCUCAGGACUGCAGGAGGCCGCCUCCAGCUACGACCCCCUGGCUCUCGCCGAGUUCCCUGGACUCUUCGACUGUGAGAUGCUGGAGGCUGUGGAUCCACAGCACGGGGGCUACGUCCUGGUAAAUUAACCUCGGCGCAGGAAGUGAGGCGGCUCAAGUGAGGGAAGAAUGUGGAUUUCUAUUUUUUUUCCAGCCUUUUAAGUGUCAAGCUUACUUUCCUGCCCUCUCCCAAAAGGAGAAAAACCACGUUGCCCAACUGGAAUCAAGAGGGCCUGGCCAGGCGCGCAGCGCUUCCUCUUGGCUCUGUCUCACCGCGGUCUUGUGGGGCGAGGGCCUGGAACACGUCGGAGCUGAAGCCCGGGCCCUUAGAUCAAGUGGAGAAACGCUGGUGGGAGGCGCUGACAGAUGUUGUCAUGAGACAUCCAGACCUAGGUUUUCUGUAGACCUACAGCAGUUCGUUACCGGGGGAAACCUUGGUGAACGGCUGUGUGCCAUUAGAUCUGGGCAAAACGAAACACAAAAAAAAUGCAAUAUAUUUUUCACUGAAGCCAAGCGACAGCCCGUCAUGUUCAGGCAGGUCGAGAAAUACGUAGUGGGAUUUGACGCAUAGGAAGGAAAAUUGUGCUCCGUCACCGAAUCCUAAGUUUGAAGCUGCUGAUGCAGGUUGUCCCCAAGGCCACUGCAAAGCAGGGGGACGUGAGCUUUGUUUCAGGGGCUGCUGAGUGACAGCCGGGACUGAGCCUUGAUACUGGCAGUCGUCUCCACCUGGAGCAGUGAUUCCCCCCCCCCCCUUUUCAGAGGUUUCUGGGGCUCCUACUCUGUUACCUGUAGAACCACGAGACCCACCACAGUGGAGACUGGGGAGCACCGGCCCUGGGCCAGGGGAGGAUGGGCUCUUCCCGCAGAGUCUUCUGUGGAGACCGCUGCUCCCGGGCGGUCAGUCUUCAGAAGGCCUUGCGGCGCUUUUAAAAUGUAGUCACUACUUUGACUUUAUACUCUAUGUUGCUAGUAGUUUAUGGAGCUUUGUACAUUUGGACAGUUUCAUGUAGGGCUUAGCAAUUCUAAGGACAAGAAAAAUGAACUUCGAUCUCCCAUGUGAAGUGGUAGUGCCGUGCCUUUUUUGCCCAGACCGUGCUUUAAUUCUUUCUUUUCUGUAGAAACCAACAGUUUUCCAUUUAUGUCAAGGCUGAAUCCAAAGUCCCUUCGGAGUUUGUUUUCCACCAUGUGGGAAUCGCGUUCUUCAUUUCCUUCAAAGUUUUAACUUGUAAUGAAAUGUUCAAGUAUUACAGCAAUAUUCAGAACCACAGAUGUGUUAACCAUCUAGCAGACCAUCUGCCAAACACGUUCUAGGACUAGCGAAACGUAACCUUAACCCUUCCAGUUCACUCAUCAGAGGAAGUCAAAGCUAGAUGCACCAGCUAGUUCAUUGUGUACCUAGAAGGAGCGAGUAACCACCCCGCGUUACAAACCCAGUGUUCCUGACAGACGGUCGUUUGUCCUGUAGCCUGGCCUGUCCUAGCAGCAGGUGACUGGGCUGAGCACAAAGCGUCACAAAGCACAAAGAGAGACACUACACUGAUGCUGCAUCUAGAAACACCUUUAAGUUGCCUUUCCUCUUUGUAGUCUGCCCGAGUAGGUGAGAAGCCCCUAGCCCGGUAUCAGGGAGGCCCUCUGCAGGGGGGUGGGGGUCCGGGGUUAGCAAGAGAGGGUGCGGUGGAGGACUGUUGUUUUUUUGAUGGCCACAAGUCAUGAAAACCCAGGAGGAAUGAAUUCUGUUCAUUCUGUGGAUUAUUUAUUCCUCCUUGUGCUUCAGAUUCAUGGUUUCGGAAGAUAGAGAACAUCGUUUCAUUUAAGCGAUGCUUGUGUUACCAUCUCUAACCUGUUUUCAGUCUGCAAAAUAAGCCAGUUAUGAAACACGGUUUGAUUUUAGACUAAAGGAUUUUUUUCCAAAAUCUACAGAAGCGCUGUAGUAUUUGUGAAAUUAAAAUGCCUUCCGGCCUGAAACUGGGGUCGCAAGAAUGGCACUUAGAGGUGGACACAGAGGCCGUGGGCCAUGAGCCUGGGAAACCUCUGAGCUAUGGCUGACAGGUGAGGCCGGCCUGGGGGGACAGUCCCAGCAGCCACCAGGUCUGGGAGGCACUCCCCCGGUGAACAGCGUGAACCACUCUGCCGGACCCGUGUCGUAAGCUCCUGUUUGCUUUCCUCAUUUCAAGCAGCAAUCAAUAAAUUCCACAACGAUCGUCUUGACUGAAAUGUAAGCUGGUGAGCGGAGACUGGUGGUGGUCAAGUGUUUUCCCAGCCCUGUGUGAUCUGCCCCCUAACUAGUGACCUCUGUACGCUUCUGAGUUUUCACACACACUAAGAUGACACUAAGAAGGCUUCGUAUUGCUCUGUUUAUGAGGCUUCUCUGAAAUCCUCCAGUCUGUUUCACGUUAGCAGUGUGUGCACUACUGUAUAGUAAUCAUUAGCUUUAUUGUCUUGUAAACCAGGCUCCUCUGAAGAGACUUUGGUGAGAUGAACGUGAGGUAAAAAUGUCAUUCGGCAAAAAGUGCAA